UAGACCACGAACGUUUGUCUGACAUGUAGGUAAUAGCAUAAAGUGAGAGUUUGUGUUUAGCCACGUAGUUUGAACACGGGGCAGGUGGUUGUAGUGUCGUAACGUUUGGCUCAUCUUGCUAUAGACUGUCAUCUCCUCCCUACUCCUGUUUCCCUGUGACUACCAAUGCGAAUGCUGACCGUGGAGCUGACACACUUCCCUCCUCUGCUCCUGUUCCCCUGGGCUAGCUCGCAUUGUGGAAAAGGCCGAGAGAGACUCCCACUGCUGCUAGGAUGAGUGUCUCUCAGGAGAGAGAGGAGGCUUCAGGUCACUGUGAGACACUCAGACCGGAGUCUGCAGCACACAGCUGUGUGCAACAAAGCAGCAAACCAACACACUCUGAUGGAGGACCACAGACUCCCAGACCUCCAUCUCCAGUGCCCAGCUGUGUGUCCAUGAAGAGUGAUGCGUCCAUAGAACUUCCGCCCAAAUUCAGCAGUGAACCAGUUCCAUCAGGUCUAAAAGAGACUCCCACUGCUGCCUGGAUGAGUGUCUCUCAGGAGAGAGAGGAGGCUGCAGGUCACUGUGAGACACUCAGACC